GGAAAGUUUUAGAAUUAGACCAAAGAGAAUGGGCUCAAGAGGAGCGGAGGGUACAAAAGCAGCCACCCAGCACACGCAUUACUCCUUGGACUCACUCGUGAGACAACCUCUCUUUAGAACAUGGCACUCAAGUCUGUCACAGAAAGCUUUGCCAAAGUGAUUCAUGGCUUGAGCGUGGGACACCUGACAGAUCAAGUUAUUCAGAGGAGCAAGAGGAUGAUUCUGGAUACGCUGGGCGUUGGGUUCCUGGGAACCAGUACAGAAGUGUUUCACAAAGUCAGCGAAUAUAGUAAAAUCUACAGUUCCAAUAUGUCCAGCACUGUUUGGGGCCGGCCAGACCUCAGGCUCCCACCAACAUAUGCUGCUUUUGUCAACGGUGUGGCUAUUCACUCAAUGGAUUUCGAUGACACCUGGCACCCUGCCACCCACCCUUCCGGAGCUGUCCUUCCUGUCCUCAUGGCUUUAUCAGAAGCCCUGCCUCCAAGUCCAAAGUUUUCUGGCCUUGACCUGCUACUGGCUUUCAAUGUUGGGAUUGAAGUACAAGGCCGAUUAAUGCAUUUCUCCAAGGAAGCCAAUGACAUACCAAAGAGAUUCCAUCCCCCCUCAGUGGUAGGAACUUUGGGGAGUGCUGCUGCUGCAUCCAAGAUUUUAGGGCUCAGCAUGACAAAGUGCCAAGAGGCCCUGGCUAUUGCUGUGUCUCAUGCUGGAGCACCCAUGGCAAAUGCUGCCACUCAGACCAAGCCUCUUCAUAUUGGCAAUGCCGCCAGGCAUGGGCUUGAGGCUGUUUUUCUGGCAAUGCUGGGUCUCCAAGGAAACAAGCGAGUCUUGGAUCUGGAGACAGGGUUUGGGGCCUUCUACACCAACUAUUCCCCUAAAGUCCUUCCAAACCUGGAUUCCCACACUUGGCUGCUGGACCAGCAGGAUGUGGCCUUCAAGCGUUUCCCUGCACAUUUGGCCACCCACUGGGUGGCAGACGCAGCUGUAUCUGUGAGAAAGCACCUUGUAACAGACAGAGCUCUGCUUCCUGUUGACCACAUUGAGAGAAUUGUGCUCAGAAUUCCAGAGGUCCAGUAUGUAAAUAGGCCCUUUCCAGACUCGGAGCAUGAAGCCCGUCACUCCUUCCAGUAUGUGGCCUGUACCACACUGCUGGAUGGUGGCAUCGCUGUGCCAUCAUUCUAUGAACGCCAGAUCCACAGGCCCCAGGUGAGGGAGUUGCUUGGUAAGGUGGAGCUGGAGCACCCUCAGGACAACCUGCCAAGCUUCAACACACUGUACUGUGAGAUAAGUGUCACUCUCAAAGAUGGAGCCACCUUCACAGAGCGCGCAGAUACCUUCUACGGUCACUGGAGGAAGCCACUGAGUCAGGAGGACCUGCAGGAGAAGUUCAGAGCCAAUGCCUCCAGGAUGCUGUCCUGCGACACAGUUGAAAGACUUAUAGAGAGAGUGGAAAGCCUGGAAGACCUAGAAGACUGUUCUGCAUUAAUCGCACUUCUGAAAGGCCCUUCCCCACCAAAGAUGAUGUCAAAAUCCAUCUAGCAUUUAACAGCGCCAUCGCACAAUCUCUCCUGGGGCUUACCGACAUCUAAUGACUUUGUACUUGGGGAAAUUCAAUGACUCGCUUUAUAAAGCCAGAGUCUGCUGUUGGUCUGCCCAGGAAUAAAUGAAGCAAGGUGGAAAGAGUCCAGGAGUAAAACUGGAUUUUUAUGGAAGGAGCCUUCUAAAUUUUGCAAGACAGUUCCAAUUACUUAAAGCAAAAUAAUAAAUAUGCAAGAAACGCAGAGAAAUUGACUUUAUAAGCAUUCAUAAGGCUAAAAUUCAAGUCACCUGUAAUUUGCUUGUAAAGUUCAUCUUUUCAGAGGAGUUAUUUAUGAACUUCACGAACCUCAACGUGUGAGAGAAAUUUGAACCUAUACAUUUAUUUGCUGACAGCAGAGAAGAGCUCUCGUCUGUCGUGCCACCAACAGAUUUCUUAGACCAUGGAUUAUUAGAAGCCCUCCUCAGUGGAGGGGAUGCUAUUGGGUUUAAAUAUGACAGCGUAGUGGGUUCAGAUCCUGCCUCCAUCACUUACUUGAUGUGACCCUGGGCAUGUCACUGGGUGUCGCUCUGCCUCACUUUCUCUAUUUGUAAAGGAGAAAUUAAAAAAUAAAGCAGUUCGGCUCUGGAAGCCAUGCUGUUAACCACUACAAUAUAUCACCUUUCAUUACAAAGAAAAUUUUUGAGAAAAAGAUCAUGGAUGAAGAGUCUAAGAUGUAAUAAAGAAUGACAGCAAAAAUAAAAGUA